UGGAGAGCUGCCGGCAUGUCGGCUGAGCUGGGUGUCGGGCUGGCGCUGCGGGCGGUGAAGGAACGGGUGCAGCAGGCGGUGGCGCGGCGGCCCCGGGACCUCCCAGCCAUUCAACCCCGGCUAGUAGCUGUGAGCAAAACCAAGCCUGCUGACAUGGUGAUUGAGGCAUAUGCUCAUGGACAGAGAAGCUUUGGAGAGAACUAUGUUCAGGAGCUGUUAGAAAAAGCAUCAAAUACUAAAAUUCUAUCUUCAUGUCCUGAGAUAAAAUGGCAUUUCAUCGGCCACCUGCAGAAACACAAUAUCAACAAAUUGAUGGCUGUCCCCAACCUCUACAUGCUGGAAACCGUGGACUCUGUGAAGUUGGCAGACAAAGUAAACAAUUCCUGGCAGAAGAAAGGCUCUCCAGAGAGACUAAAAGUCAUGGUGCAGAUUAACACCAGUGGGGAAGAAAGUAAACAUGGGCUCCCACCUUCAGAGACAGUGGCCACGGUGGAACAUAUCAAUGCCAAGUGUCCCAGCCUGGAGUUUGUGGGUCUGAUGACCAUUGGGAGUUUUGGAUACGACCUCAGUCAAGGGCCCAACCCAGACUUCCAGGCUCUGUUGUCCUUGCGGAAGGAGCUGUGUGAGAAGCUCAGCAUCCCCAUUGACCAGGUGGAACUGAGUAUGGGCAUGUCCAUGGAUUUCCAACACGCGAUCGAAGUGGGGUCCACCAAUGUCCGUAUAGGAAGUACUAUUUUUGGAGAACGGGAUUACUCAAAGAAACCGGCUGUCGACAAGGCCACAGCGGACAUAAAGGCCACAGUGGAGGUAGCCCAAGAGCAUUGAACCCAGAAAGGAACAAGCAGCAGGUCUCCACCCAUGUGCGGAAAACUGGUGUGGAAAACUUUUAACUAUGCACUAACCCAAAUUUUAAUUUUCAUAUCCCAGGUUGUGGCACAGCAGUGCUUUUGUUAAAACCUGGGCCAGAGAGCUCUACUCAUUACUGCGUGGGUGGAAAUUAUCUUCACUUGGCAUCCUUGACACCGUAGGCCCAUUUAGAUCAUUGACUUAAGCUUGUCAUGGAACUGGAGAAUCAAGGCAUUUCAUCAGGAAAGGCACCAAAUCACUUAACCCUCAACCCUGUCCAGAAGUCCGAUCUAAUCAUGAAUGCCUUUUGCAAGUUGAAAUGUGUGCACCAAAGCCUAUACUUAUUGCUGUCAAAGGUAUUUUCAGUUGCUCUUCCCUUGUUCACUGGGGCUUCAUCUCCUUUUAUAGAGAUGGAGACCCUCCAGAGCAGCCACCACAUCUGCCCUGAGAUAGGAUCAGUCCCUCUCAUCUUCUCUCCCCUGUCAUGAUAAUUCCCAAAGAUGAUGUUCAGUUUCUCUACUGAAGAGUAGCUGAAACAGGCAAUUUCAUGGCUCAUAUUGUGCUCCACACCCAAAAGGCUGCUGAUGAAUUAUCGCUCUGUGUGAUUGGCCUUUCAGUUGUUUUGAUCCUGGAAAAAGGAUUUGUGAUUAGCUGCAUCUCACCUCCUGCCCUUCUAGGGAAGGGAACCCUCCCCCAGUCAAGUGGUGACAUGAAUCUGCUUCUUUGUUUCUGGUGGUGAGAUUUAAUAGUGAAUAAUGCUGGUUUUCCAGAAACAGACAGAGCCCUUCAAAUCUAGACCAGGUCAGUAGCUUCAAACAGGACUGACUUUGAGGACUUCUCCUUACAGAGCAUUCCAGCAGCCAACUUUAUACCCACCCUACCAUAUUUUUAAGUAAUAGUUUUGUAAAUUUUCCUGUUUGCUAGCAAAGUAGCAAGGCUUUCAUGAGCAUGAAAAUGGCCAAAAUGCACUAUUGCAAAUUCAUGAAAAAAGAUUUUAAUGUGUGUGUUGGGAACUUCCUCUCUUAAAUUAGCUUUUUCCUCAAUUUAUUCAAUCCCUGUACUUAAUUUUAUGGAUUAACCUUAAGAAUAUUAUGUGAAUGUAAUUUUUAAAAAUUCUUAAGCCAAUAUGAUUUCUGUGCUUUUAAAGCUACACAGUGUGAUGGUUCAUAGUCUAUUAAAUAAAAACAUGAGUUUGAAUUAUGCCAUCUGUGCCAAUUACAAAGCAAUUAAAAGAUUAUUUUUUUUA